AUGGACUCUGUUAUCCUCACGCCACGGCUGAAGCUAACUCUGGUUACGAGGGCGGAGAGGGGGGGUCCAGAAUUUGAAUGGCUUCACGAACUGUACAGCAAUGAAGAGUCGAUGUUCUGGAGGGUUGGUGGGCCAUUAGAUUCCACCGGGGAAACGGAGAAGUUAAUGAGCAGCUUCCUACCAAUAAACAAAGAAAACGGAGCCAGCUACCGAGUCGCCUAUGCUGUCCACAGGGCCGAAGAACCAUUUGGCUUUAUCGGUCUUAUCACUUUGGGCUCAUUGGAUUCCCAUAGCCUUCCGUUGCCGGAACAUCUCACUUUACCAGCUGCUGCCGCUGCCACGACGCUGACCAUCGAAAUUGCGUAUUCAUUCCUACCAGUUGGAUGGGGCAAAGGGUACGCAACCGAGUCGGUCAAGGCGGUGUUUGAGGGUUGUCGGCAAGCCCGAUCCUUCUGGAUACCCUUCUCAAAGCUUUAUGUCAGGGCGAUUGUGAAUGCCGAGAAUGCACCGAGCAAGCGGGUGAUGGAGAAGACGGGAAUGGUAGAGAAGGGGGUGCACGAAUGGAGAGGGGAGGCUGUCUUCGUUGGCGGGAGAUGGCGAGAGGUAGACAGUAUCUGCAUCUUCGGCAUGUAUCUGUUUGGUGAUGACGAAAUGUAG